ACCAGACAAUUCCACAGCCAGCUCCAUAUCCAUCUCAUUUGGUGGGAGACACUCAAGAGAGCAAGAUGAUCUCCUGUUCAAUUGCCAUUUUCUGAGUCUCUCACCUCAGGAAGGACAGAGUGAGAGCCUUUUUUGACUAUGCAGACUUUGGCUCAGCUCUCACCGCUGAUGCCUCUGGCAAGUUGGCAGAAACUGUUCAAAGGUAACACAGGACAGCCAGGUCAGGCCCAUCCAGGCCAGGCCUCACCUGUGAUCCCAUCUGGGCAUCCCCACACCACUUCUCAUCACCAUGUGUUAGGAGAGGAAGCAAUAAGAGAGCUUCUCCUGGACGGGAGUUAAUUGUCAAAAGUGUGUGAGGCCUGGUGGGCCUGUCAUACCCCAGGUCAUGGCUGGCAGGAUGGGAAGGUGAGUGAUAGGGACCAAGUUUGUCUACUCAGAUAUGAAUCCCAAGACUUCAAGCUAUCAUCUGCUUCCUCCUUGGCUGGAGGUCUAUGCAGAUCUCCUAUAUGCCUGAUCUGGGGAGCAGCAUUUCUAAUGGGGGUGUCCCCUGUGGAAACAGACAGGCAGGUCAUUGAUGCCCCUUGACCUGGCUGCUGGGUAGUUUUUUUUCACAGCUCCACACAUAUCAUCGAGGAGCUGCCUGAUAGGCCCAACUUCUCCUUCUCCUUGGAUGAAGGGCAGGUGAACCACACCACAAACCAUGGCCAGUGCUGGUCUGAGGUGAGAGCAGACACAGAGAGAUCUCCACAGACAGGAACCCAAGGAGACUAGGAAUGAAACUGAUUCUCCCCUGAACCUAGAGGAGAUGUGCAUGAUGAAGACCUUCUAGCCAGGCACAAGGGAGCAGCUAGUGGAGUCCCUGGUUCCAGCCUUCCAGAGUUGAGCCAUCUCCUUCACCACAUUCCUAGGCUCCUACUGGGACUUCACCAUCACCUCACAUUUCCUGGACCAGAUAUUCAGCAGGUCCCCGUGCUUCCACAGUCAGCAACAUUCCUUGGUGAGGCGAUCAUGAAUGACGGGAGGGAGGGAUCUCUUCAGCCAAUAGGAGUGAGCCACGCCCAGCUAAGGGGCUUAUAAAAGGCAGGUCGAGCGGAUCAACCCACACUCUCAAUCUGCGUGUGUAAGAGUGAGGACCUUUUACUUGGACUUCAACAUGGGAUUGGGCACUGAAGACCAAGAACCCCAAAGCCCCUCCAGCCAAUGCCAAACUGGUCAACCGCCUUUCAAACAGAUUUCCUUUCCAGAAAGAGACUCAGAUGAGGAGAAGAAACCAUUUGAAGAAGUAGGCAAGGCACUCGCUGCCCAUUCCAGUGAGAACCACAAAACCCAGGGACAAGAAUCAGAGCCCAAUCCAAAUGAGGGCGAGAAUUCCAAUGAAACUAAGCCCAAAGCCAGAAAUGGUACUGCUAAACCAGAAUCAGAGGCUAGUUCAGGCGCAAGAAACUCCAGGAAGAGGAAAAUCAGUUGCAAGGACAGCUGCCAAGACAGAGCAGGGAACUGUCUAGAAGAUGAGCACAGCUUGACUUUGGGAAAGAAACCAAAGACCUCUGCUGCCGUACAUAGCAAUGAAAUGGAGGACACUCACAAUGCCAAGCACAGGGGACACCCGAAGGCCCACACUGAGCAUAACAAGUGGCCCAGAUCUCGUUUCUCAAGAGACCACCCACCACCACUUCGGAAAAGUCUGGUGGAUUCCCUGCGUGCUAUGUCUGAGGCCGUUUAUCAAGACCUAGCCCAGGUGUGGGCACAGCAGGUACAUUCUCCACUGACCUGGGAGCAGCUCUCUGAGCUCACCCAGCUCCAGGGGCCUCUGUGCACCAUGGUGCAGACCUUCUAUGCCAUGGCCACCCAGGCAGCCUAUGUCUUCCCUGCUGAGGACUGGCUGACUCCAGCCACACUGCCUGGUCCUGGGGGUCCAGCCCUGGAUGGAGAAGCUCACAGCUCCUCCUAGGAGGGAGACACGUCCGCCAUUUACCUAGACAGGAGACAACUAAGCCUGUCAGUGGAUCAGAUGAGGCUCGAGCUAGGGGCUCCUUGAUCCUAUUCAGCAGAGGAUGCAGAUCUGGGAAAAGAACAAAGACCUUCCACUUCUAAGAUUCUUCCAGAUGACUGUCAGCAACAAUUUUGGACACAGUGUUAAUAAAUGACAGGAACUGGGGUGGUACUAAUAAAGGAACUUGAACAAUAUACUCAGAAUGGUGAACUCUGGGUUUCCUUGAGGGCUGAGAUUACUGAAAAAUUUUAUAUUUCAUGUUGGACAUUGCAUGUCUUUUAGAUGUUUUAUGAGAGUCAUGUAAUUAUAAUUAGAAAAAUAUUAGGGUAUAAUCAUUCAUAUGUGUUUGUAUAAUGUAAAGUAUGGCAAAAUGAAUGUAUGUUGAUAUCUUCCCCCUUUGAUUCAGAAAAGUAUAUAGAUCUUCACUCUCCCAGCCGAAGUCAGUGGAAGAUUGAUAUCCACUAACCUUUAAUAGCUUUCUCUAUGGAGAAAUGUUUACAUUUUUUCAGUUUAAUGAA